CUAUGACUUAGCUAGGCUAGUCCGGCAUCGCCAAAUAGGACUUUGACCACGAAGUAAGACAAAAUAGGAAAAGGAAUAUUUGCACGAUAUAUUUUGAAAGAAAACAUCGGCUUUCAUCUCUUGGUGUUAUGGACUCAAAUGCAAUAUUCUCCCCCAAACAUCCAGGCCUGAGGACCUAUGGCUGUAGAACCAAGAACCAGGACCGGCCAAGAGGGAUUCUCAUACAAAAGAAACAGAACAAGUUGGCGACAUCCAAAAUUCCUGAAAAUACCAAUUUCAGCCUUUCAGACGACUCUAAUGACCUUCAAGAGAUUAAAGACAAUAAAAGGAAGGCACCAAGUACCAUACAAAGAAAGAAAGGCAAUGUCACUCCCAAACAAAGACAGCCCAGGAAAACUGACAGAGGAAGAGUGGCAAAGAAACAGCUAAACACAUCUUUAGGGGAAAACGCAAAGCAAAGAAAAGAAGAAAGCCAACCAGUUCAGGAGAUGAAGUCCACUCCUAAACAUGGGCUUGAGCAGGCCAAUCAGGUCUGGGUAAAGACAAAGGUUAGAGGUAGUGAUAGUGAUGAGGACAGUAUCGAGCUUCCGAGACGAGACCAGGACAUGACAUGGCAAGAAAAAAUAUCUCUACUGAUGCCAAAAAUGACCUACAAGAAUCAACAUCAGCCUGAUAGAAAAGGUUCAGGAAUCAAAUCAGGAUGUCAGAUGCCAGGCUACCUGAACCUGAGUGCUGAGGAAGUCAUGGAGGAAGACGAUGAAUCCAGUGAUGAGACGGACAAUAUUGUAACAGCACCAGGAAUGUCCACAGGUCACACAGCACCAGGAAUGUCCAAAGGUCACUCAAGAUCUGAUCUUCUGGCUUCUAGGCUGUCCCUACAUUCACCUUCAACAUUAAAAAAGACACAAUGUAUAGAUGAAAAACAAGAAAAUAAAAAGGAACAUUUAAUGUCCCCCAUAGACCCUGUCACCAGUGAAGAAUUCACUUACACCUAUGAAUGGGUAACAGACACGGGUGGUUCACGUCCAGGUAGUCAUCAGGCCAGUCAAGUCAAGGGACGAGAUCAUACAUCACAGACCACAACCCAAAGUUCUGAGAGAAUUUCAUCUCUUAGUAAAGAAAAUGUUAACAGGAAGUCAUCUUCAACAGAGCAAACCAACAGUGAUGCCUACACAUAUGAUUGGGUGACCGAUUCAGGCACUGGUCAGACAGGUCCAGCCACUAGCCACUCCAGUAGAAAUACUGCAAGUCAAACAAAGAUUAAUAGCUGCCCUUCCAGCGUGGGUCAACGAGCAAAUUCAGGUACCCGUGACAACGACUUGGUGAGAAUAUCACAGAACUCGGGUAGGAGUGAAACCAAGCACACAAAGAAGGACAGGUGGUCUCAUGGCUACUUAAACUCUACCAAGAGGCCUGGGGCUCUCAGCAUUUUCCAGGCUAAUUUUCCCGUGGAUCUUUCCGUUAUCACAAGUAGCCUUGCACAAGGUAAAGAGAGAGCCAUUCUUUGUAAUAAAGCUUCACCAAUCACAGCUGGAAGUGACAGACAAGUGCAGCGAAUGAAUUCAACACGUAGAAAGGAUGGUCUGGAUAUUGACAUGAUGAAAUUACCAGACAUGUCAGUCAUUGAAAGGAUUUGUCCUGUGGAAAAGCAACCAACUCGUGUGGAUCAUGCCAAGACCAUGGCUGAUAAAGUGCCAUAUUGUUUAAGCUCAACAAAAAAAAACGGUGGACUUGACUUUGACAAAGCCAACUUUUCACUGGAUGUUUCUGAAAUCAAAGAAUUGAGUUGUGUAGAAGAUAGACAAGGGCACAUACAACUCGUACAGGAAAAAACUCCAAAGGCAAGACAGACUAAACCAGACGCUGUCAGAACUCCCAUGAAGUCCGUCAGUGUGAUCAACAAGAAGAAGAGGAGAUUACUACCUAAGAGUUCUACAGUUCUGUUUGUGUCCAGCUGUACAGAGGAUUUGAUCAAUCCUACGCCUUCACUGUCAGCCAUCCUAAGUUCACAAAACACAGUGAAUAACUCUGACCACCUGGAUAUAACAAGAGAUGGCCCUGUCAAGAAAGCGAAGACAGGAAGUGGAAAAAAACACCUUUAUUUAGAUAGUGGACCUAAUUCAAUAUGGAAAGAGAAGGACAGUGUGAACUCGGGAAAGAUCUUGACGAGUACUCCAGUCGCUUCAACUCAGACACGGUUUCAAAGACCAGAAGUCAAUCUGACCUGUGUACCUCGCCCGUGUUUUGAGGAUGAGUUGGAGUUCAAUGAAUCCAUCGAGGUUAAUUCUGAUGAGAUAGUGCCAGAAGACUUUACUGAGGUGGAGGAGGAUAUCAGUGUUGAGAAUCUGGAAAAAUCAGGGGGGCACCAAAAAUCAGAGUCAAACUCUUCAUCAUCUAAGAUUGAUUUUCACGAAAAACCAUCAGUUGGAUCUGCUCUUCAGACAUCAAAGACCAAUUUUCGUGGGAAGUUAUCGGUGAAACCUAUUACAAAGUCAUCAACUAUUUCUAAAAUGACUGAAUGUUGUCUGUUGGAUCCUUCUAUUGUCUUUCCUCGGAGAAAGUACACAUCGUAUAGGAAAAUUUCAGAGGAAAUGUUCAAGGAUAGGGCUGGAGUAUCAGAAGAUAUCUUGUUUACACACAAUUUUAAAAGGCGAUGACGGCAUCAAACAACAACUUUGUCAUUGUGGUUUGUAUUUUAAAUACCAUGAUCCAUCCUUUCUAUAGCAACUAAAACUAGAAAACCGUCCAAUUUCAAAGGUAUUUCAUUUUCAAUCUAAUAUGUAUCAACAUUUGGAUUGAAUUUUUCUAGUCAAGCAUUAAAUGCUAUUUAGAAGUGCUUAUAUCACAACUGCGGAUUGAGUUCUCAUUGUUGGGAUUUGAGAAGUAUAAAGUUGGACCCCCAUAUUUAAUUUGUUACUGCUAAAAGAAGUCGAAAAAAGGAACCCCCAAUUAUUUAUAGUACGUUUGUGUUGAUAUUAAUGCGGUUUGUCUUUCAUAUUUAUUUGACAGUAACAGAUUUGUAACUACGAUAUCAUUGUGUCAGUGGAGAAAUAUGCAGGAAAUGCUAUCAUUACUUGUUUUUGUAUCAAAACUACACAUUUAUGAUUAUGGGUUGUUUUUCCCAUCUUACACAUGUUUUGAAAGAUCUUUAAUAUUCUUCAUAUAGUUUUGCCAAAUUGUAAUUAUUCAAUAACAAAAAUGAGAUGUAUAUGUAUUUGUGAAUAAUUUAUGUACUGAUAAAAUGUGUGUGACUACUGUUUUGUACAUAAUUAAUCUCACCACUAUUUAAUAUACAGAUAUUACAUAACAUAUAAAAGCAAGCCUUUUUUAUGUUGUUGAUUUUUAGCUCACCUGGCUGAAGUGAGCUUAUGCUGUAACGAAGCAUCGGUCAUCUGUCAACUUUUUCCUUUAAAACUCUACUGUACCUUAAUAGCUCAGUAGAUUAUAAUUAAAUUUGGUUUGAAGCAUCCUUGGUCAAAGGAUUCUCAAUUUUAUAUAAACAAAUGGUAAUCCCCCCCCCCCCCUCUUGGGGGGCAGAGGGGCAGGGCCAAAUAGGGGGGGAAUCUUUUCCUUCCUUUAUUAUACCAAUGGAGUGACUAACUAAAUUAGUGCAUCUUUGGGCAGAGGGGUGGGGCCAGAUAAGGGAAAUAGAGGUCAAUCUUCAAAAUCAUUCCCUUCCUUAUCAAUGGAGUGAUUCUAACUUAAUUUGUAAUAGAUCAUCUUUGGGCAAAGGGGAGUCUCAAUUUUGUAUAAAUGGAGGUUUGCCAACCCCCAUGGCAUAAUAGGGGAAAUAAAGGAAAAACCUUUCUCCUUCAAUAGGAAUGGAUGGAUUUAAAACAAGAGAACAUGCAAGCAAAGAUAACUACAUUUUGUAUAAAUGAAAGGCAUGUGGGAUGUGGCAAAAUAGAGGCCAGAGAUGUAAAUCAAUAAAACCCUUCACCUUCCUUAUGAAGUGAGGAAGUUCAGGGUUUACUGUACCAUAUAUGCAUCACUAAGGAUUGGAGAAAUUCAGCUGCAAUAUACUGUCAAAUAUCUUUUUAUUUAUUAUAUCAGACAACAAGAGGCCCAAGGUCUUAAUAGCUCACCUUGUAGUUUAUUUUAAAUAUAAAACCUGCAAAGUACUAUAUACUACCAGUUUAUCAAAGAAGUUCAAGCUGCAAGAAGAACUAAAUCUGUUUGGGUGGGUAAGAAACCAAGAACAUAAGUGUGUGCUUCAUGCCCAGCAGUUUUGUAUAGGAUUAUUGCCUCGGGAUCUCAACUUUUUCAAUAUUAUGACCCAGAGAGGUAGUCUCCAGGUGUGGGUCAAGACCUCCGGGCCAAUCCUGGUAGCAUGCUCUUCAUGCCUAGUAACUGUAUAAUCGAUAUAAGGGUGGGGACAAAAUUCCUCAAUUGAUAUCGUAAAUGAAGGAUUUUAUUGAUUUACCUGUAUUUCCCCUUUUGAGCCCCACCCCUCUGUCCCCUUACAAAUUUCUUUUAAUCUUAAUUAAUUAAUUGAGUAUAUAAUGAAAAUUUCCUGGUACUGCAUCUGGAACAAUUCCAACAUAAGUGUUAUCAGUGCGAAGCUGGACCUUUAUGAGGUGUGUAUAGAGCGAGUGCUUGUUAUGUUUUCAAUUUAUUUUGUUAUUUAUCAAGCCCCAAAUGAAAAGUGAUAUGUUUUGUGCAAUUUCUUAACUAAACAAUAGGAAAAAUGAAAUUGAAGUGAUUGUAUUAAAUUUCUUGGAAAUUAUGAGAAGUUGUAGUAAAUUAUGUUCGUGUUUUCUUCCCAAUAAACUGUGAUGGUUAUCUUCCUAUACCAAGCUGUUAUCUUUAAGAUUGAACUAAUUUGACAUCCGUUAUUUGUACUAUGGAUUUAUUUGACUCCUAUUAUAUUUUACUAUUAAUUUGAAACCUGUUGGCUUAUACUAUUAACUUUUAAUGCCUAUUAUUUUCUAGUGUUCAUUUAUUUGACACUCAUUAUCUUCUUAACUUAUCAAUUUAUUUGACACCAUUAACGUAUCAAUUUAUUUGACAUCUUCUUUUAUCAAUUUAUUUGACACCAUUAACUUCUAGUAUCAAUUUAUUUGACACCAUUAAUUUUAAGUACCAAUUUAUUUGACACCAUUAACGUAUCAAUUUAUUUGACACCCAUUCACUUCUAGUAUCAAUUUAUUUGACACCAAUGACUUCUUGUAUCAAUUUAUUUGACACCCAUUCACUUCUAGUAUCAAUUUAUUUGACACAAUUGACUUCUUGUAUCAAUUUAUUUGACACCAAUUGACUUCUAGUAUCAAUUUAUUCGACACCAUUGACUUCUAGUAUCAAUUUAUUUGACGCCAUUGAUUUUUAGUAACAAUUUAUUUGACACCAUUAACGUAUCAAUUUAUUUGACACCAUUAACGUAUCAAUUUAUUUGACAUCUUCUUUUAUCAAUUUAUUUGACACCAUUAACUUCUAGUAUCAAUUUAUUCGACACCAUUGACUUCUAGUAUCAAUUUAUUUGACACCAUUAACUUCUAGUAUCAAUUUAUUUGACACCAUUAACUUCUAGCAUCAAUUUAUUUGACACCCAUUAACUUUUAUUGUCAAUAUAUUUGACACCAUUAUCUUCUAGUAUCAUUUUAUUUGACACCCAUUAACUUCUUGUAUCAAUUUAUGUUGACACCCAUUAUCUUCUAGUAUCAAUGUAUUUGACACCAUUAACUAUCAAUUUAUUUGACACUAUUGACUUCUAGUAUCAAUGUAUUUGACACCAUUAACUAUCAAUUUAUUUGACACUAUUGACUUCUAGCAUCAAUUUAUUUGACACUCAUUAACUUCUAGUAUCAAUUUAUUUGACACCAUUAUCUUCUAGUAUCAAUUUAUUUGACACUCAUUAACUUCAGUAUCAAUUUAUUUGACACCAUUAACUUCUAGCAUCAAUUUAUUUGGCUACUCAUUAACUUCUAGUAUCAAUUUAUUUGACACCAUUAACUUCUAGUAUUAAUUUAUGUCACUUCCAAUAAUUUGUACUGUUGAUUUUAACCCAUUAUUUCGUACUGUUGAUUCAUUUAUUUGACUGUUUUAUCAAUUUAUUAAGUACCCAUUGAUUCCGUUAUCUUGGAGUAUUAAUUUAUUUGACACCCAUUAUCUUGUAUUAAUUUGACACUACUUAUCUUGUAUUGUUUAAAUUAUUUGAUAUCUAUUAUCUUCUAACAUAAAUAUGACAAUUGUCUUGUAUUGUUUAAAUUAUUUGAUAUCUAUUAUCUUCUAACAUAAAUAUGACAAUUGUCUUGUAUUGUUUAAACUA